AUGGCGGCAGCUUCAAGAUGCUGCGAGUUCCACUUCGUGAACCUCACCAGCGCCACCUUCUAUCGGCAUCUUCACAUGCUGCAUCAUGGAACUUGGCAGCGCCAGCCGAUCGAAGCAAUUCACUCCCGCCAGGAGAUGGUUUGUCUGGCUGAGGCCAACAGGUCCCUCGGCAGUUUCAGCGGGAAGGUUACACGAAAUCAGCAACAGCAGCAGCAGCAGCAGCAGCAACAGCAGCAACAGCAGCAGCAGCAGCAGCAGCAGAUGUUUGUGCGGCUUUGUUUGCAGAUUCAAUAUGCAAUGGUUUUGGCUGGGGUUGAAUAUAUCAUUUGCUCAGAGUUCGAAAUACCCGUCUUGGGCACGUGA